AUGGCAAUUCGCAUGGCGCUUGAACUGGGGUUGAAUAAAGAGGAAGAGGCCGAAGACGGGUUCACGCAGCCUCAACCUGCGGAGAAAUGGUUACAGCAGGAAUAUCGACGUCGUACUUUUUGGUCCAUUUUCGUCCUAGACAGAAUUCAAAGUGCAGCGACGGGACGACCGAUGUUUUUGCAAGACGAGGAUUGCGACCUGUUUCUUCCGAGUGAUGAAGAUGGAUGGACGAGGGGACAUUUUUAUACCGAGACAAUUGACAAGAGUCGAGUGGCCUACUUUAAUAUUCAAGAUUUACAGGAGAGCAACCUGCUUCGAGUGACCGCGACAAUUUCAGCGCCUACCAAUGUUGCCAACGCAGACCAGAAACCGGAACUGAGCUGUCACGCUUACAUGCUGCAUGCCAUUGUAUUGUUGGGUAAAUUAACCAUGUUUAUCAAUCGAGGGAAGAUCACCAAAUCAUCGCUACCGCCGUACCAUCCCGAAUCCGAAUUUGCCCAGCUGGACCGUCAGAUCGAUGAAUGGAGUGACCGGUUGCCCCCGCAUCUACAAAAUACCGCCGCCAAUUUACACAAAUUCCGAACCAAUUCUUCCAUCGAUGGAGGUCGCUUUGUCAUGGCGCACAUUUUACACAACGCGUUGACCGUGCUUCUACAUCGACCUUCGUUGGUGAUGGCUGACACACUCAAUUCAGAAAUGAUUCAACCGGCGCUCCGAAAUUUCAUCAAUGACAGUGUGAAAAAAUGCACCAAGGCAGUGGAUGCGGUCACGGACAUGCUUCGAGCCAUUAACAAUUGCACGUCGCUGAUGCCUCCGUAUUUGACGUACUUGUCCUACACGGUAGCUACCAUUGCUGUCAACAACACCUUUUCACCCAAUCCGGAAGAAGCCAACAAAGCCAGGGAGGCACUCACCGUCCACUUUCAGCUCCUGCAGUCGAUGCGUAUUUACUGGGCCAUGGCCGAUAAAUUAUACUUUAUGAUCCGCGAUCUGUAUGCGAUGCAUAGUAAUAUGCAGCGAGUCCAAGCCAACAGAAACGAGUCGUCGACUUCGCCUUCCAGCUUUUCUUCUGCAAGGGAGAUGCCUAUGAAUUUCCCACCCCCACCCCCACCUGCCACCAUGCCACCUUCUCAAGUACCACCGCGAUUCAACUCGAUGGCGCCCAAUGCAUCUCUAUUUUCGGCUCCGCAAACAAUGACCCCUUCACCGAUUCCGCCCACCCUGAUGCGGAAAAUGUCCCUUGCCGAUGUAUCUGCAUCCACAUGUGACGGCGUCUCAUGCACCGAUUGGAUUCUCGGCGACAAUAGUGAAAAUAUUGCUGCCGCGCUGCAGUCCAUUGUACGUUCACCGGGGAUCGGCAUCACAGGCAACAACUUUUUCGAUCUGCAAAUGACAAACGAUAUGGAAGCUGCUGGUCAACUGACCGGAAAUGAAUUGGGAUGGAUGUAUCAAUUUCCCGCAAACUACUCAUCCGGGAACCAGUAA